UACAGGAAACAAAAUACAGUCAUUACUUUGUUGUGCAGCUAGCUAUACAUAGAGAUGCUGCACAAGCAACUGGGUAGAGGCUGAUGCCGUAUACACAGAUCGAAAGAAUGAGUCAAAGGCUGGGCCGUAGUGAGGCAGAUGUUCAUUAGCAUUCAAAACACCUGUGGAACUAUUUAUUUCCACAGAUAAUGGAAUUAUUUCACUGUUAGGUGCAUAAUUCUGGAACAAAGGAGGGAAGUGUAAAAUGAAAAUAUUUAGGAGAAAUUAGUCAUUAAGAUGGUAAUUAAAGUCAUCAGAGAAAAAGACCCAGCUUAGAAAGGACAAAGAAACCAAGAAGACCCAAAUAUAGAAUGUGAUGGACUAACAAAUUUAACAGGUAGGUAGAAAAAUAGGCUACAAAGGCUGAGAAAGAAUGUCUAAAUGAUGGAAAGAGAAAUCAGAAAGAUUAGGGCUCUCUAGGUUCUAACCUAGUUUGCGGUGACAUGGCUCAGUGCACCAAGGUCAGAAUCACCAGUAAAUACAGGACCCAUUAUGGUGCCUUUCUCAGGAAAAUGGAGAAGAAAAUUAAAAUCAGCCAGCACGCCAAGUACACUUGCUCCUUCUGUGUCAAAACCAAGAUGAAGAGAAGAGCUGUUGGGAUCUGGCAUUGUGUUUCCUGCAUGAAAACAGUAGCUGGUGGUGCCUGGACCUACAACACCAUUUCUGCUGUCAUAGUAAUGUCUGCCAUCAGAAGACUGAAGGAAUUGAAAGACCAGUAGAAGCUCCACAAUUUGAAAUACUGCUAGCCUACAAUAAAUAGGUUA